AUGAAUUCCUCUCAUAAAAGUUACGUGUCCUUAGAGGAUAAUAAUAAAGACAAGAAAAGGGGUCCUCCGCCGCCGCCUCGUGACGGCGCCGGAUGUUGUUGCUGGUUCAUGAGUUGCAUUUGCUGGUGCCUCUGCUUCAUGCUACUUCUCUGCGUGAUAUUCAUGGCGGCGGUUGCCAUCAUGUACUUCGUUUUCCGGCCUCAGAUUCCGGUGUACGGCAUUGACAGUCUCCAAGUGAAGGCUUUCGAAAUGCGAAACGACAGCAAGCUUUACACUGAAAUGGCGGUGGUUGUGAGGUGCGAGAAUCCGAACAAGAAGAUUGGAUUCAAGUAUGGAGAAGAUAACUCCGUGAGCAUAAUGUAUUCGGAUAAGGAGCUUUGCGCGGGAAAGUUUGAACCUUUCUUGCAAGCGGCGAAGAACACGGUGAUGAUUAAUAUGACGCUGAAGGGGGAGAGGGAAGUGGAUUCGAAAGAGAAAGAGCAGUUUAUGGCGCAGCAGAAGGAAGGGAAGAUUCCUUUGGUGCUGAUUUGGAAGAUUCCUGUAACCCCUGUGGUUGGUGAGCAUAUUCAUGAGUUAUGGAAUGUUAGAGUUGGUGCUAAUUGUUCAAUGGUUGUUGAUAAUAUCCAGAAAGAUAAAACGCCUAAUAUCUCUCACAAAGAAUGUAGCUUUGCUGCUCAUUUCUGGACUUAA